AUGCAGCCCAAGAACGCGAGGCUUUACUACAAGAAAAUGUCCCAGGUCAAUCAGGAAUUUGCGCAGCGCAUUAAAGCCAUCCGUGAUGCCAGCACUCUAGAGGUUCCUGAUAACUUCAUAGACACCAUCAAUCGCUGGACCCUGGAGUCAGUCUCCGUCAUGGCAUUGGACAGGCAGUUGGGACUGCUGAAGGAGUCGAACAAAAGGAUCGAAGCCACAAAGCUUUUCCACCUCUUGGAAGAUUUCUUUAAAGUAUUGGCAUAUAUUGAUGAGGCGGUAGAGCGAUUGGAGAAGGAAGCCAAAGAGGGUGUUGUCCGUCCUGAGAACGAGCAGAGUGUACUGGAAAAGCUGCUCAAGGUCGACAAGAAGGUGGCCACAAUCAUGGCCAUGGACAUGCUAAUGGCCGGAGUUGAUACCACCUCUAGCACAUUUACAGGGGUCAUUCUCUGCCUUGCCAAGAAUCCCGAAAAGCAGGCCAUACUCCGAGAGGAGGUGAUGAAGAUACUACCCACAAGGACUCGGAUUUCACGGAGGAAUCCAUGA